AUGAGCUCACCGCCGGUUCUUUGUUUAUACAGCCCUACGGCUGAAACGCAGCUGCAUACCGAUGCAAGCUCGCACGGUUUGGGUGGUAUCCUCUUGCAAAAGCAGCUCUCAGUAUUCACCGAUUGCAACGCUAUUGUACAUGCAGUUAACAAAGCUAAUCUGAACCCAAGGAUUGCUCGAUGGACUUUGGCACUGCAAAAUUAUAAAUUUAAAAUUAAACAUAGAAUCGGCCAAAAGAUGGCUCAUGUAGAUGCGUUAAGCAGACAAGUUACUUACAUAAAUUCUUUACCCCUCGAAAGGGAGCUCGAAUUAAAACAGCUUCUAGACCCUAGACUCAGCAAGAUUGCUACCAACCUAGAGUUUGCCGACGAUGAUAGGUUUGAAUUAAUCGACGGAUUAGUCUAUCGUAAAACAACCGACGGAUCGCGAUUUGCGGUACCGGAUGCUAUGGUGUCAAAUGUGAUAAGGAUUUACCAUGAUAACAUGGCACAUUGCGAGAAAACGACUACCGAUGACGGUUAUCGUUUCGUAUUUAUCGCGGUCGAUGCUUACACGCGUUUUACAUGGCUGAUGCCGACUAAGACUACAAACGCAAAAGAAGUGUUGGCUCACCUUAAUCACUUGUUCCGCACUUUCGGAAAUCCAGACGAGCUUGUCACCGAUAGAGGCACCGCGUUCACUUCUAGAGAUUCCGAGGAUUUUUUAGAUUCGCGUAAAGUAAAGUAUCGUCUGGUUGCGGUAGCGUCUCCCUGGGCGAACGGUCUAGUAGAAAGGGUGAAUAAAUUUUUGAAAUCUUCACUCAAAAAACUUAUCUCAGACGCGUCGGAAUGGAAAUCAUAUAUAGAUGAGGCGCAAUAUGUUUUAAGCAAUACUCACCAUAUGUCCAUUAAAAGUACCCCGGCGAAAUUGCUGUUGGGUUAUGAUUGUAAAAAUCAUGCCGAUAAGGACCUUGCUGAAUUAACCCGGCAGUUGACUCAGCAAGACACUGACUUGCCAACAGAAAAGGAUGUCAAUCGCGAUAUCGCCGUUGAAGCCUCUGAAAAACUUCGUCUUUAUAACAAACAAUAUUAUGAUUCGAAACAUACAAAACCGAGUCAGUAUCAGUCAGGAGAUUAUGUAAUGGUUCGUGAUCUGCACAACAAACCAGGUGAAAAUUCUAAAUUCAAGUCAGCGUACAAAGGCCCUUACAUGAUUUCUAAGGUACUAAAUAAGAACCGCUUUGUAGUAACUGAUAUCCCAGGCUUUAAUGUUGCACAAAAACCGUAUAACGCAAUACUAUCACCAGACAAGUUAAAGCCUUGGAUUAAACCAGUUCUAACCUCGUAA